CGACAAGAUCUUCUUAGUGCUUAAACUUAUGUACACACAUGUAAGCAUUUUAUUUAUCGUUCCAUUUAAAAAUGAGCUCAUUUAAGCGUACAUUCGAGAUAGACGAUAGACAAGCUGGUGAAAAUGUUGAUAAAAUAUUAAUAGUUGCAUGUCUGCAUCACUUUAGUAUGGUGCUGUUUAUGGAAGUUUGGUAAACAUAAUUUUUUGUAGAGUUUUUAAUAAAUGACUUCCUU